AUGGAUCCUCAAGAAAUUAUCGAGUAUUUAGCUGAAGAAGAAGAAGAGGAAGAUGAAGAAAUGAACAUGUUUGUAGCAACAUACACGCAACUCAAUCACAGGAAGAACAGCAACAGCGUUGUACGUCAUGGCGGAUCUGUUUUCAACCAUCGUGUCAUUAACCGCAGUAGAGCACAAGGUCAUCAACUCAUAUAUCGUGAUUAUUUUGGCGAUGAUCCAACAUAUCCAGAUUACAUUUUUCGUAGAAGAUUCCGUAUGAGACGAUCAUUAUUCCUUCAAAUACAAGCAGCCGUUGAGAAGCACGAUCCUUACUUUGUACAAAAAUGUAAUGCAGCUGGAGUUCCUGGAUUAUCGUCACUCCAAAAAAUAACUGCUGCAUUGAGAAUGAUAGCCUAUGGAGUACCUGCAGAUUCACUUGAUGAUUACAUUCGAAUCGGUGAAAGCACUGCAAUAGAAAGCUUAAAAAGAUUUGUCAUAUCAGUCAAUCAAGUAUUUGGGAAGCAGUACUUAAGGUCGCCAAAUAAGAAUGAUAUCAAAAGAUUGAGUGGCAUUGCGGAGCAAAGAGGAUUUCCGGGUAUGUUAGGGAGUAUAGAUUGUAUGCAUUGGAGGUGGAAGAAUUGUCCGACUGCUUGGCAUGGAGCAUUUUCAGGUCGUUAUCACGAACCAACAAUUAUACUUGAAGCCAUAGCUUCCCAUGAUUUAUGGAUAUGGCAUGCUUACUUUGGAUUGCCAGGCUCACUAAAUGAUAUUAACGUACUAGAUCGGUCAAAUUUAUUUUCAGAAUGGGCUGAAGGUCGAGCCCCUGAAGUUCAUUACGUUUUGAAUGGUCACGACUAUGAUAUGGGAUACUACCUUGCUGAUGGCAUAUAUCCUCCCUACCCGACUUUUGUCAAGACCAUUUCAGCUCCUCAAGGAAAUAAGAGAAAGUAUUUUGCUAAGAUGCAAGAAUCUGUUCGAAAGGAUGUGGAAAGAGCAUUUGGUGUACUUCAAGCUCGAUUUGUUAUAGUACGUGGACCAGCUCAUUUUUGGGACAUCGAAACACUAAAGCACAUUUGA